ACGAUGGAACUGGAAAGUAUCUUUCGACACAACCAUGGCAGCGAAAUAUAUGUCGUACGAGCGUUUUACAACGGAAAUGAUGCAAGUCUUGUGGCCAUAGGAGGAGAACAUUCCGUGCAGGUGCUACAUCUAACUGCAUCAUCCCUGCAGACCAUAGCGUGGUUCUACAUCGGUUCUCGCAUCACCGCAAUAGCUUGGUCGCCCAAGACCGUAUCUCCCAACUCCAGUGACGAAUGGACGCUCGAGCUCACCGCAGCCAGCGCAGAUUUCGGCCUCCACGCGCUCACAAAGUCCUUUACCUCCGAUGAGACCGCCUUCCCUUUCGGCGGCGGACUGAGUGGCCAUCACGGUACAGUCAACGACAUGUGCUUCUGCGGCGGUCGAGAACAGGAUAGUGCUCGCUAUGUAGCCACCGUCUCUGACGAUAAGAUGUUGAUGGUAUGGGAUCUACAUCCAACCCUCAACAUCUCCUCCAGCUCAUCUUCUCCUGACGUCUCGUCCGCAUGGUCCCAACCUCCUCGGCCUCAACCUACCGCAUACGUGAUCUCUUUCCCUCAUCCCCUGAUGACCGUCAGCUCUCACCCAUCCACCAGCAAAGAAUUCCUCGUCUCAGAUUGCCGCGGGUCCAUAUUCUUAAUCGACUGGCGAUCCGACCCUGAGCAACGGAGACAGGGAAGCUGGAGACACCUAAGCUCCAUCGAGCUAAUCGAGCCUCGCAGCCUAUCCAACUCUGCAACCGGCCUCUCCUCACAAUGGACAGGCUGUUCCUCUUGGCGAAGGGACGACGCCGAUAUAUUUGGAGCCACCUACGGGUCAAAUAUGUCGAUCUGGAAUUUACCUAGCAUUCAGGGCGGACGGCCUUCACUGUCAGGUACUAGCUUUCGAGAAGAAAUUCACCGGUUUCGGUGGUGCCCAACUAAUCCGUCUUGCUUCGCUGUUGCUGCCCGAUCAUCGGGGAAAGGCGCUGUUAUUUUUGUUCACAACUCAAAUUACGUCCAUGCUCAUCCCCUCGUUAUCAACGUCGCAUCUCGCCCCAACACUGUUCGAGAUUUCGACUUCUUAACUUUUCCUGGACAGGUUCUUCUAUCAGUUGCUAUGGGUGCAGAACUUCUCGUCUAUCCAGUUCAAACAGAAUAAGGCCAUAUAUUCUUUACCUAUGAUAUACAACUUGACUAUAAAAUUUUU